ACCUAGAUGAAUGCUUUCAGUGCCCAGAUGAUCAUUACCCAAAUGAAGACCAUGAUUCAUGCAUUCCCAAACAUAUCAGUUACCUCUCNUAUGAAGAAAAUUGGGGGCCCAGCUUGGCCACAGUGGCUCUUGUGCUUUCCUUCACCACAAUUUCUGUGCUAGGAAUCUUCCUGAAGUACCAUGACACUCCCAUCGUCAAGGCCAACAACCGCAGCCUCUCCUACAUCCUCCUCAACUCCCUCCUUCUCUCCUUCCUUUGUUCAUUGCUUUUCAUUGGUCGGCCCGUGAAGGUGACAUGUCUCCUUCGACAAACUGCUUUUGGCAUCAUCUUCUCAGUGGCUGUUUCUUGUAUGUUGGCCAAAACUAUCACAGUGGUUCUUGCAUUCAUGGUUACCAAGCCAGGAUCAAAAAUGAGAAAAUGGGUUGGAAAACAACUAGCCAUUUCUGUUGUUUUCUCCUGUUCCCUUGUACAAACUAUUCUUUGUGUAGUCUGGCUUUCCACCUCUCCCCCCUUCCCAAACACUGGCAUGAACUCUUUUAGCAGUGAAAUCAUUUUGGAAUGUAAUGAAGGAUCUGUUGCGAUGCUUUAUUGCAUCUUGAGCUUCAUGGGCUUUUUGGCUAUUGUCAGUUUUGUUGUGGCUUUCCUAGCCAGAAAGUUACCAGACACUUUCCAGGAAACCAAAUCCAUCACCUUCAGCAUGCUGAUCUUUUGCAGUGUCUGGUUGUCCUUCAUACCUGCCUACCUGAGCAGCAAAGGAAAAUACACAGUAGCUGUGGAGAUCUUUGCCAUCUUGGCUUCCAGUGGGGGACUACUGGUUUGUGUCUUUUUCCCCAAAUGCUACAUCAUUCUGUUGAGGCCUGACUUUAAUAGAAAAGAGCAUCUGACAAAAAGAAUCAAUUAA